AUGAAGAAUUUCGACGUCGCCAUCGUAGGUGGAGGUAUCGCAGGCCUGACACUGGCGAUCGCACUAUAUUACCGUCAAGUACCCGUCACAAUCUACGAGCAGGCACCGCAGUUCGGUGAGAUCGGAGCUGGGGUGUCCUUCAGCCCCAAUGCAGUCCAGGCGAUGAAGGCGUGUCACUGGGGCGUCCACCAAGCGUUCGAAAAGGUCUGCACCAGAAAUGAAUGGCCAUCGAAACAGAAAGUCUGGUUCGACUACCUUGAUGGCUACCGUGGUCCCAAAGACUCAAGCAAGACUCAGGAGAUCGCGUUCAGCAUCUGCAACAACUUGGGCCAGAAUGCCGUGCAUCGUGCACGUUUCCUCGAUGAAAUCGUCAAACUGGUUCCCAGGGAGAUUUCUCGAUUUGGCAAGAAGCUCGUGAACAUCACUGAAAGUCAAAAUCGGAGAAUGGUGAUGUAUUUCGAGGACGGCACAACGGCUGAAGCGGACGCCGUGAUUGGUUGCGAUGGCAUAAAGUCCCGUAUGCGGCAACUUAUUGUCGGCCCUAACCAUCCGUCCGCGCAGCCUGUAUAUACUCAUAAGUAUGCAUACCGAGGAUUGGCGCCGAUGAAUGAUGUUAUUGCGGCAAUUGGAGAAGAAUUGUCGUUGAACGCCUGUAUGCAUUUGGGCCCAAACGCCCACGUGUUGACGUUUCCGGUCGAUCUCGGAAAGACACUCAACCUCGUGGCCUUCAAAACGACCUCGCAGCCAUGGCCUGAUUCGCAGCGACUAACGAGACGUGCCAAUCGAGCGGAGGCGCUUAGCGACUUCAAAGGGUUUGGACAGAAUGUCAUCAAACUGUUGAAUCUGACCAAGCCGGACCUCGACGUCUGGGCUAUCUUCGACCUCGGGGAGCAUCCACCGCCAACCUACUAUAAGGGCCGCCUUUGUAUAUCGGGAGACGCCGCACAUGCCACCUCUCCACAUCACGGUGCUGGUGCCGGGAUCUGCAUCGAAGACAGCGCAGUCAUGGCAGAAUUGCUGGCGGAUGAACGUGUAUGCGAACCUGAUCACCUCGAAGCAGUCUUCGCCACCUUCAGCGCGGAGAGGAAAGAAAGAGGCGAGUUUUUAGUACAGAGCAGUCGAUGGAUUGGAGACUGCUAUGAAUGGCGGGCAAGCGGCAUUGGCAGCGAUAUGGCCAAAAUCGAAGCCGAGAUCAAUAAGAGGAAUGGCAUCAUUGCCAAUAUUGACAUGACGAAGGUAUGUGAGCAUGCGCGGGAGGAACUGGGCAAGAGAUUAUGCUAA